AUGCAGUUCGGUGAAGGCCUGGACCCCAGCCAUAGAUAUAGAGAGAUGCACUCGGAGGAGAAGGGAGCUCAAGUUCAGGAUUGUGGGAAAGGGCAGCCGGGGGAGGUCGUCUACGAAAGGAUACGAGGAUAUGAGUACAAGAGUAGAACCACGGCGAACAAGCUGGAGAUACGAGACGAUCCGCUGGAGGCGCUGACGACCUGUCACAGCCGGGCGGUGGGUGGAGGCGGAGGAGUGGGGGUAGGGGCGGGACCACCCUCGUCCUCUGGAGGCGGAAGUGGAGGAUCCUUGUAUCAGCCCUUCGACUUCAUUCCUGGCACUUAUCGAUCCGGUCAAUUUGAUCCUUCGUAUUGCGUCCUCGUGGACGACGUGUUCGCGGAUUCCAUGCUCCCUCAGAAGAUUCGCGUGAAUCCGCAGGCUUCCUUCUUCAAUCCCCUGUGCCUCUCGUCGAGCCGAGUGACGGACUGCAAGCGUCGCCUCUACGUAUUCGACGUGACCAUCAACCGUGGAUUCGACACGGACUCCAUCACGCCCCAGAAGAUGAGAUCGCGCAAGGAAUGCCAGGACGAAUGUUUGAACCGGUUCAACUUCGUGUGUCGGUACGCUGCGUACGAUACGCAAAACAACGACUGCUACCUGAGCAACUACACGGUUCCAACACGGGAAAUGCCCAAUGUCGUCUUCAUGGAGAACGUCUGUCUCACAGACGAGAGAGAGUGUGAAUACCCUCGGAGUGCGAUCGUGAGCGAAAAUCGAGCCCUGUUGGCUAUGGACGGGCAGAGUCAAGGGGAAUUGCUUCAUCGCAUCAAUUCCAUCUCGGAGGAGCAGUGCAAACUGGAAUGCGAUCGCUCUCAUCGUUUCCCUUGCAAGAGUGCCGUGUACAUGCGGGAUCGAAGCCCCACUUCUUCGUCUUGCGUUCUCACGGAUGCCACGUCCAGGUCCAUGGACGGUCGAAGGACCACGAAGGAGUUCUUCGAUGCCAAUUUCUUCGAACUCGCCUGUCUUCGAGUUCGGCGCGGAGCAGAGGACCGGAUGAACCAGCCGGUGUUUGGAAAAGACGGAGCCAGGUACACGGUGGAGGAUUACUUCGUGAGAACGGAUCGAGAACGGUUGGAUUCUCCGGAUCGACCCGUUUUCGGGAUCAGAAGUCGAACGGAAUGUCUCGAAGAAUGUCUUCGUCGGAGGGAUUGCGCGUCGGUGUCAUACAAUUACCAGAAGAGAGAGUGCAUUCUGUCCCGGGACGAACGACGACGAGCCAGACUCAUCCCCGACGAAAACUUCGACUACUUCGAGCUCCUAGAUGUGGCCAGGAGGGCUCCAGGAGGAGUGAGUCGGCAGGGACCCGAUCCUCUCUAUCCCCGAACCGAUCCCCGAUAUCCAUACGAUUCAUCACGAAGAGUCCGCCCGGAUUUCCGGACCGGAAUGGGAUUUGACUCGGAUCGAUACCCCGGGCCGAGAUACGAUGACCGAAUCACCCCUUACCGUCCCGGUUACGAAGAGGAUUAUCGAUUUCGAUACGACUUCCGAAGUGGUUCGUCCGGUGCAGACCGAUUUCGGCCUGGCGACGAUCGAUAUCGACCGGGCGAUGAUCAAUAUCGACCUGGGGAUGAUCGAUCUCGGCCUGGAGACGAUCGAUCCCGGCUGGGUGACGAUCGAUAUCGGCCUGGUGACGAUCGAUAUCGGCCUGGUGACGAUCGAUCUCGGCCUGUUGACGAUCGAUCUCGGCCUGUUGACGAUCGAUCUCGGCCUGGCGAUGAUCCAUAUCGACCUGGAGACAAUCGACUGGAUGGGUUGGAUUCUCAGCGAUUCCCUUUCUCUAGACCUAGGACCAAUGACUCCAAGGAAGAUUCUCCGACUGAUGGGGGUAGGAGGUAUGACUACAGAUACGAUCGAGAUAACAACUGGAUCCAAGGAGGGGAUCGGCGAUAUCUGUACGACGAUCGUAGGAAGUUCUACGAUCGAGGAAGAGGGGACACUAGGUACGGCUUCAAGGAUAGCUGGAGCGGCAGUGGAGGAAGCUGGAUAUCGGGUGCACCGGGUGGACGAGAAUCGGACAGGGGUCGGGAAUGGUGGAGGUCAAGAACGGAUUGGCGAUCCGGGAACAGGGAUUACUGGAACCGUGAUCCAUAUCCCUACGAUACCCGAACGAGAUACGGACAGGGUGGAGGCUGGUACGACGGAAGGAACCCACCCAUCGGGGAUCCCGGGAUCGGGAUCAGUAGCAGUGGAGGGGCUUAUGGCGUAGGGAGUGGGUGGAGAACGUGUGAUGAAGUCCGUCGCUCGGGCGGGCGUUCUGGGCCGGGUGAUCCAGGUCGCAAUUUCUUCGACAGAGUCGGCGUAGGAUUUCGCCUCCGUCAGCCCUACAUGACCCGAUACAUUUCCGUCGCUUCGGCAGCCGACUGCGAGGCUGAGUGCGCCCGCUCCGGCGACUGCAAUUCCUUCAACUUCAGAGUGGGGUUCUCACCCGGGAGCGAUCGAGACAAUUGCCAACUGAGUGACAAGAGGGAUCUCAACGUGGAUGAUUCCUUCCUCUUCGAGCGGGAUUCUCAUUUCAACUACUACGUGAGGAUGGCCGGUGGUGGUCCGGGCGGAUUCGGCGGGAAUUACGGACCUCAGGAAGAUUGCAUCGAUAUCACGUUCACGUGCGACCCGAAAUUCAUGGAGUUCACGAUGACCACACCGGAACCUUUCAGCGGACUCAUGUACACCUACAAUUAUUACGACCGAUGCUACUACGAGGGGAAGGGAGAUCGCAUCAAUGUACUCAAGAUCUCCGUGGAUUCCGGCUACCAAGAAUGCGGCACUCGCCGGUACGACGACAUGUGGACGAACGUGGUGAUGGUUCAGUUUUUGAAGAACCUGGUCACAGCUCGGGAUCGAAAGUAUAACCUCACCUGCAAACUCUCACACGACGGAGAAAGUGUCGUCAGCUCAGGUUUCACCCAAGUGUCGGCGAUCCCAGUGGAAUAUCUGCCGGCUCAGCACGUGGAUCUUCUCGAUGCAGAACUUCGAAUCAUGUACAACGGCCGGAGCAUCAGCAACAUCGCCGUCGGGGACCUCCUCCUCUUCCGACUCGAGGCUCAAGGAACCUAUCGAUACAAUUACUAUGGAAAUGACAUCUUUGCCACGAAUGUCAUCGCUCGGGAUCCUCAUUCCGGACGAAGCAUCCUCCUCAUCGACGAAAGAGGGUGUCCGGUGGAGCCGCACAUCUUCCCGCCUCUUCAAAGAGUGGCCGAGGGAGUACUUGAAGGGUAUUUCGAAGCCUUCAGUAUCCCCGAUGCCAUGUUUAUGGUGUUCGAAGCCACCGUUCGACCCUGCCGAGACGGAUGUCCUCCAGCACCAUGUAACAUGUACGGCCGGGAGAUACCGUCUUGGGGGAAGAGACGAAAGCGACGGGAUGCGACGACGGAUCCUUCCGAUGAUGACGAAGAAGGUGACAAAGAAGAAACGGAGGAUGCGGAAAAUAAAGACGAAGAGGGACAUCAAGACUAUUUCGACGAAUACGACGACAAGUACUACGACGAACUGAAUGCGACAGAUCUUUACAACAACGGAAGCUUCGGUGAACCCGCCCACGUCAUGGGCAUGUUCCGGGUGUACCUGAGUCGGGAAGAGAUUCCGAACGACAUCGAGGCAGAGCCCUUGAAUGGCUGCAUGAUGACUGUCAUGAACCAGGGACUCCUGGCCGCCUUCAUCUGCUUGAUACUUGUCACCAUGGUCCUCACCGUCAUCGCAGGCACCAUUUACAGGCGUUACCGGAUCCUGGCAGGGAAGCACCGGGACUCGGACUCCACAUCGCCGUAUGGAUUCAGCGCGUGCUCGUCGGAUCGACUGUCGACGGUCUCGGCCUUCAGUAGCCAAUGCAGCUUCGGGAUCGGUCGUCGCGGGGGCUCCGUGGCCUUGCCACCGCCACCGUUGCCGACCACGACCCACCCUGACCCGGAUCCUUCGGAACCCAUCUAUUCCGAUCCGUCCCUUUUCGAGAGGUCUCGAAGCCUUCGAAGCAUGUCGGCCGCCGAGAGUCGCCUUCCUUACGACUCCUAGCGUCGCAUUCGUGCACCACACCGGGCUUCUCCCACCAUUAAGUUAUUUUAGGUCAUAAGGUCUCGCCUUUGUGCUAAGUUAGGCUAUUUCCUUCGAUACGGAUGAGAUGAAUGAAUGAUGUCUCUGGGAC